AUGACUGUGUUAAGUGCAGCUAUAAGCACAAAAAGCAAAAUUUUGGUUUCUCGGCAGUUUCAGAAUAUUAGUAAGUGUGAUUUGGACUCGUUGACUAUUCCCUUUUAUAAUUUAAUCGAAAGAGAAAGAAGUGAUCACACGUAUAUAGAAACUGAUAAGGUACGAUAUGUGUACCAACCGUUGGAUAGCAUAUAUAUUUUUUUAAUAACAAAUAUAAACUCGAAUAUUAUAGAAGAUUUAGAAAUAAUAAAAGUGUUAAGUCAGAUUAUACAAGAUAUAUGUCAAGGAAAUAUAAAUGAGAGUACAAUUUUAAAAAAAUGUUUUACGAUAAUUUUUUAUAUUGAUGAAUUAAUUAAAAAUGGAGUAAGAGAAAUUGUAAAUACGAAUCAAAUAAAAACAUAUAUUGAAAUGGAAUCACAUGAAGAAAAAUUACAAACGAUAAUAAGAGAGAAUAAAGAAAAAGAAGAAAAAGAAAGAAGGAAAUUUAUUGCUUCGAAAUUAGAAAAAAAUAGACAAAAACAAAAUAAAGGUAGUACUAAUAGUUUUAUUUCAAAUGAUAUUAUUAGUGCACUAGAAUAUAAUACUAGUAUUAUAGACAAUUUUAUAUAUAAAAAUGAAGAGCCAGAUAUUAUGGAUGAAAGUUUCGGUACGCAUAAAGGUAUGCAGUUAGCUAACAAGAGAGAUAAUCAUAUAAGAAUAUUAGAUGUAGUAGAGAAUAAUAAAAUAGAAACUAAACCUACAAUAAAUGUUAAUUCUCUUUUUGAUAAAUCAAUUAAUAUAAUAAUAACAGAAAAUAUUAUAUGUACCUUAAGUUCUGAAGGAACUUUAUGUGAUUUAGAUAUUCAAGGUAUUUUCAAUUUGCAAAUAAAUAAUCAUAAAUAUUCUAAGGUAAUAGUAGAAUUAGAAAAUGAGUAUUUAGAUAAAGCAAAAAUACAUCCUAUAUUAGACAAAAAUAAAUAUAAUUCUAACGUAUUAGAGUUAAAGGAUAAAGGAAAAAAUUUUAGAACUAAUACUAUAUACCCGUUAUUAAAAUGGAAAAUAAAUUAUUUAAACGAUUCUUAUAUUCCUCUUAACAUAAGUUGUUGGCCAUGUGAAGACAGUGAAAGUACAUUACUAAAUUUAGAAAUUGAAAACAAAAUGAAAAAUAUUGAUGAAGUUAUAUAUGACCUGAAUGUCAAUUUAAUGUGUCCAUCAUCGAACAAACCGCAAAUUAUUAGUAAAGAUAAAGGAGUUAUUGAACAUGAUGGUCUUUUAUUAUCUUGGAAAGUUGGUACAUUAAAAAAUAAUCAAAACUGUCAAAUAGAAAUAUCUAUUCAGUCCAAACCAGAAAGUGUUUUCCCCUUUUCUGUGGAAGCCAAAUCGAAUAUGUUAUCCCAUAAAUUGAAUGUUUUAAAAGUUUAUGAUGAAGAUACAAAAGAAGAUGUAGAAUAUGAAGUUAAGAAGAAUAUCACAUAUCUUUUUACUAUUAAUAAGUAG